AUGUAUAAAGAAGAACUAGAAGGAAAGAUAUUUGUAUAUGAUCCUGCAAAUAACCUGAUUGCAUAUUCCAAUCAAGUUAAAAGUGAUACAAAGAUUAUAUAUGUCGGAGGUUUGGGAUCUCGUCUGCCGAUCUGUCUCCCCACCACUAUGUUGAAUGAGCAUUGUUUUGAGAAUGGGUAUGAGCUCAUAAUUCCUGAGCUAAGAUCCUAUCCCAACUACGGACUUUUUACAAUCGAUGACGAUGUUGAAGACCUAAGUUGCUUACUCCACCAGCUUAGAGGAAAUAUAGUUUUGAUUGGAAAUUCGACUGGUUGUCAAGACAUCAUACAUUACUUGAAUACAACAAGGGACAAGAGAAUCAAGCUCGCUGUACUUCUUGGAGCUGUAAGUGAUGUUGAAUUCGAGGAACACAAGAAUAAGGAUCUUCCUGAGACGUUGAGAUGGGCAAAAGAAAUGACAGAUAGGAAAGAGGAUGUGGCAAUUAAAUAUUGUGGUACAGACUCGUAUUUGACACCAAGAAGGAUUUUGGAUAUUUUUUCUAGAUAUGGGAAGGAGGAUAUGUUUUCUAGCUAUCUAGAGGACAGGUUUUAUAUGGAGCUCAAUAGGGGAGAUACAAGGCUCCUCUUUGUAGUAUCUGGGAAGGACGAAUAUUCCAUAAGAGACAUUGAAGCUAAGCUAAGAUUGGUCAGAAACUCUCGGGUUGAGAAAAUACCUGAGGGAACACAUGUCCUAUCACGUGUUGAAGAUGUUAAAGUGUUCUUGAGGUUCUUCUCAGAAGAGAUUAAAAAAAUAAUGUGA